AUGUCAAAUGAAGUAUGUCUUUUUUUUAGUUUAAAAAUUUUCAUGACAUUAUUCGUAUACUAACGAUUUGUCUUUUAGUUAAAUCAUAAAUCACAGAAUAAUUUUGAAUUAGAGUUAAAUCCUUUUGAAAGAAGUUUUGCAAAUGGUGAUUCUUCUAGUCAUACUAGUCAAAAUUCAACUACUACGCCAUUUUUACAAAAGGGAAUUACUCCACCUGUAUUUUCGCCUGGCGGAAGAAGAUUACCUCCAUUAGGAGAAAAUGGAACACCUCCUAUCAUGUGGUUAAAUCAUGCUAAUCAGCUUAAGAAAACAGGUUUGACACCCAAUGAAUCAAAUAUUAGAAGUGGUCUCACACCUGGCGGUUUUUUCAAUCUAGGAGCUAUAACACCUGGUUUAUCAAGCUUAUUAGGUUUACCUACUGGUAGUAAUAAUUUGAAUUUGAAUAAUUUAAAGCCUACUAAUCAUCUACCAUCUCAACAACCACAACCACAACAACAACCACAACAACAACCACAACAACAACAACAUCAGCUUCAACAACAACAAAUACCUCCAGUACAAUCUCAACCUAUAAUAAAUCAGUUACCACUGUCUUUACAUCAAAUGAACGGUCAAGUUCAACCAUCUCAAGUACAGCCAACGCAACAACCACACCAAUUACAACAACAAUUAUCACAUUCAUCAAAUACAACGUCGACAUCAAGUACUGAAAAUAUACCUAUAAUCAAACAUGAAUCACCAUUAACUAAUGAUAUACCGAAUUCAGGUUUGCUAGGUAAAAGAAAAAGAUCUAUUUCUAGCUCAGGAACUAAAAAGGCAAAAAAGAGUAAGGUCAAAGAAGAGACGCAGCCAUUAUUAGAUUCAACGAAGUCAAAGAAUUCCAAUAAUAGCACGAAUUCAUCUAUUUCAACAGCUACUACUUCUUCAACUGGUAAGAAAAGUAAGAAAAAUUCAGUUUCAGAUGAGGAAAAGAGACGAAAUUUUCUUGAACGUAAUAGAGUUGCAGCUUCAAAAUGUCGUCAACGUAAAAAACAAUUGGUUCAAAAAAUGGAAGAUGAAUUGAAUUUUUACUCUUCUGGAUAUAGAGAAUUAUCAGCUCAAGUGGGUGAAUUAAGAAAGCAAUUGAUGAAUGUUCAGAAUGUUUUAAUUAAUCAUAAAGGAUGUAAUUUAUUAUUACAACAAGUUGGAGGACUAGAGGCAAUAAAUCAAAUCAUACAGAGAGCUAGUUCAGCUAUAGAUUUAACUCAAGACGCUCAAAAUAAUGUAACAUCAAUACCAUCGACAAUCCCAACUCCGUUGAAUAAUAAUCUAGAUAGCAACAAUAACCAACAACCAAUAGUUCGUCCUGGAACUGGUACUAUACCGCCAAUGAAUCAACAACAAAAUACUAGCUCCAAUUCACAUGUUACGACACCAAACCUUUAUCAACAAGUUCCAACGAAUAUUUCAUCACAUCAUAGUUUGAGUGAUUUGCCUCAAGCAGCUAAUGAUGCCAUAAUUUUGAAUAACAAUAAUGGAAAUUUCACUCACUGUAAUCAUAAUGAUUUAAGAGUUAUAAAUAGUAUGUCAAAUUUAUCAGCAAUGAAUCAAAGGCAAUUUGAAUAG